CUCUCAUUGGUCAGAUCGUCUUAUCUGCAAGGUUGCAUCUGACAUGUAUUAUGUCCCGUUUCUCCGCAACCAAACACCAAGGGACCUAGACUCACCCAGAAGACCAUUUCAUCAACAGGCUAUAACAGCGCCAUUACCGCUCUAUAUUUUCCAGCUCAAUGCUAGCAGAACCUGAUCCUAAUUCUUCGUCAUCCUUUCAUGAGGAAAUGCCAAUCAGAGUGACCGACCGGUUGCCUACCGAGGAUGAAACCCCUCGCGUUCGUCAUCUUGUCCUCCAACGGCUAGCACCCUCUGCUGCCGUUACCGACGACCGCCUUGCAGAAGCCCUAAAGAACAGCCCUCAUCUGGAAUCCGUGGUUCUCUCUGGCGUCCCCGAAACGACCGAUAGAACAGUCGUUCUUUUGGCACAACGAGCUAAUAAUCUCCAAGGCCUUAACCUGUCAAAUUGUACCCAAGUUACUGACGUUAGCAUCCUCGAAUUGGCCAACAAAGCUCUGCCGCUUCAAUGGCUAAUCCUCAACGGGGUGACUGGACUCACCGACCCAUCAAUAUCUGCCAUCGCCAAAUCCUGUUCGCGGCUAGCGGAACUGGAGUUGUGUGACCUCCCACUUCUCACCCCGUUGGCUGUCCGAGAUAUAUGGUCGUUCUCUAGGAAAUUACGAACGUUGCGAUUGGCCAAUUGUCCGCUUCUCACAGACAAGGCGUUUCCUGCGCCAUUAUCGAUGAUUCCAACACCGGACCCAGGCGAGGAGCCGGACAAACCCCCUCCUCAUACCCCGGCUACGUGGAUCGAGGAACUUCCUUCGUUAUUUUUGCGGCACACCGCCGACAAUCUACGCGUCCUGGACCUCUCCUCCUGUAAUAAAAUCACCGACAACUCUAUCGACGGUAUAGUCACACAUGCACCCCGAAUUCAAUCCCUCAUCCUGUCGGGGUGCUCACUUCUAACGGAUGCAUCUUUGGACAGCAUCUGUAAAUUGGGUGACCACCUCGACGUUCUCAUGCUAGCUCACGUCUCCAAUAUAACGGACCGAGCCGUCGUUCAGGUUGCCCGCUCCUGUCCUAAUUUAAGGUGUAUAGACGUAGCAUUCUGUCGCAAUCUGACAGACAUGUCCGUCUUUGAGCUAGCAGGGUUGGGGAGACUGAGGCGGCUAAGCUUGGUACGGGUCCACAAGAUCACCGACAUCGCGAUCUUUACCCUCGCCGAACAUGCAACACAUUUGGAGCGCCUUCACCUAUCGUUUUGCGAUGGCCUGUCGCUAGACGCAAUCCACCUGCUCCUACAGAAACUCGGAAACCUCCAGCAUCUCACUGCGACUGGGAUUCCAUCCAUACGAAGGAAAGGCGUCGAACGGUUUUCUGAGCUUCCUCCCCCUAACUGCGACCCGGACCAGCGAGCCGCCUUUCGCGUGUUUACCGGUGAUAAAGUGGUUGCAUUGCGCAAGUUCUUGGACAAGGAAGAAAGACGGCGUCGAGAACAGUAA